AUGGCUCUUGUGAAAUGGGGAGAUGAGCUGGGUGCCUCCCCAGGCCGCCCGCCGCUUGCAGGCUGUGACGGGACACUCACAUGCGUUCUCACCUCCCUCUUCUCCCCACAGUACGUCGGGAGCCUGGACGUGCCGCGGCCCAACAGCAGAGUGGAGAUCGUGGCUGCCAUGCGCCGGAUCCGGUACGAGUUCAAAGCCAAGAACAUUAAGAAGAAGAAAGUGAGCAUUAUGGUUUCAGUGGACGGAGUGAAAGUGAUUCUGAAGAAGAAAAAGAAGAAGGAGUGGACGUGGGACGAAACCAAGAUGCUGGUGAUGCAGGACCCCAUCUACAGGAUCUUCUACGUCUCUCACGACUCCCAGGACUUGAAGAUCUUCAGCUACAUCGCCCGAGACGGUGCCAGCAACGUGUUCAGGUGCAACGUGUUUAAGUCCAAGAAGAAGAGCCAAGCCAUGCGGAUCGUCCGGACAGUGGGGCAGGCCUUCGAGGUGUGCCACAAGCUGAGCCUGCAGCACACGCAGCAGAGCGCGGACGGCCAGGAGGACGGGGACAGCGAGUGGCACAGCCACAGCUCCGGGGACCCAGGCCGCCAGCUCCCUGGAGCCGAGAGGGCCUCGCCAGCUACUGCGGAGGAGACGGACAUCGACGCCGUGGAGGUGCCCCUCCCGGGUAGUGACGGCCUUGACUUCAGCCGCGGGGUGACCGACCUGGAUGCCGUGAGGAAGGAUGGUGCCUCCCACACAGACUCCAAGGUAGGCAGAGGUGCCCGCUCACGGCAGGGUGACAGGGUUCCCGGGCUCCUGACAUACCCAGUCCUCCCUGAGACACAGCCAGCCAGUGGGUGUCACCCCGCCCUCAGCGCCCGGUGGCUGGCGGCCAGCUCAUCAGGGGCAGAGCCUGCGCCGUCUGGAGGGCCCUCUGUGCCCGUCCUCUGCCUGUCUUCCUGGCGCCCUUGCCCUGGAGUGGAGUGGCCUCCUUCGGGUGCCCUUCGCCAGCCUGAGGGCCAGCAGCAGGGGUCGGGGGCAGCCGCUCCUGCUGCAACAUCUCUGCUCAGGGCUGUCUUAGUGGAAGUGGCCGCCUGCCAGGGGCGGCGGGAAGGGACAGGAAGUGCUUUCCACGGACAGGGAGGACCUCCCAGCCCUCGGCUGCAUCAGUGCCAACUUCCGACUUCCGUCCCUGGCGGCUGUUGCUGCGAGCAGGCGGGGCUGCAGCAGCCUCGGGGGGCCACGCCCUCGAUACCAGCAGGCCCUGGGGUCCAGCCCAAGGACGCAGCAGAGGAAAGGGGCGCUGCCUCCAUCUGUCCAUCCCACGCUGGGUGGUGGGAGCUGUGCUGCAUAGAAAUAGGUGCCCCCAUGUCUGGAAGCUGA